AUGGAUCCGGAGUUGUCCAUGAUGAAUCUUGUUCGUAAAAUUUGUAUGUCUUUACUCGUCCUUUCUCUUGCAGCUGUUUUAAAAGGUAAUUAUAUUGUAUCUUCUACUAAAAUUUCUCUUUGGGGGACGUUAAAAUUCACCUUUCAUUUUCCCUGGCUUAAUUAUCUCUUUAAAGAUAGCGGUUGAUGUUCUGAUUCAAGCUUUUGUAUUAGAUUUUGCUUCCUGAAUGCCACCAGCUGAUAUAGAGAACUUUUAUUGGAUAUGUGAACCUUAAAGCCAAUCAAAUGCACUUACAAUUUAUUUAGAAAAUAAAAUCAUUUUAAAGUAGUCAAGCCAAUUCUUCAGAGGGGGAGGUUUUUCAUGAACGUAUGUUUUGAGUUUCAAACAAAAAAAUCCUGUUUAAAUCGGUAUUCAAUUGUGGUAUUUAUGAUGUUUGCCUAAUUUGCUCCACAGUUUGGACCGACUUUUUGCGACAUAUUUGCUACUAGCAAAUUUGGUGCAAAAGCCCUUACAAUUAGAAAAUCCACCCUCUUAGGAAUUCUAAUGUUUUACGCACUUCCUAAUUUUUUAUCUUUCUUUACCUCUCUUACAGGUCAUGGCCCUUGCUUUGAAGUAAAUCCCUGUCAAAACGGUGGAAGUUGUGUGCCAGGACAGUCCUUUGAGAUUAACGACUACAAGUGCCUUUGUACUUCUAGCGAUUUUACCGGUCAAAAUUGUUCUGAGCGUAAGUAAAGAUGGUAGUAAUACUUUAUUUAUUAAUGUGUUAUAUGCCCUCAGGAGUCCAUGUUUCAGCGGGCUUUCAAAAGAAUAAUAAUUGCUUACACAUUUCGCUUUAUUAGCAAACACUUAAUUAAUGCUCUUCAUUUUCUGGUCGAGUCAACAGAUGUUGACAUUUUCAUUCUCUGCCGUCAGGCCUGAAUUACUAAUUAAAACUGAUUUUUCACUGUAUUUUUUUAAAAUUAAUUAAUUAAUUAAUUUUUUAAAUUUAAUUUCCACUGUAUUUUGCUGAUUAUUGACGCGAAAGGAAAACUCUUUAUUUCUAUCCGCAAAAGCCUGUUAAGAGCCUGAUAUAAAAAGCGAAAAGCGGAAGAUGACAGGAAAUGUAAGUAGGGCAAAAAACACUAAAUAAAAAUGCUGAUUACACCGGGUUCCUGAGGUGAAAAGUACUAUCUGGAAGCAAGGCAUCCUGGUACGCACAGCUAUUCGCUCAUCGACAUGGCAUAGCCGUCAGGCCCUUGAACGGACAAAAGCGUGUGUCAUGGGCCCUUUACUACCUAGGCGAGUGCAAAACACUCCUUUAACGCCAGCUGCUCCCUACAACAUAUGAUAGAGCUGUUAGCUUGGAUGCCUUUGGCACUGGUCAGGCCAUGGCCCUGGGUGAUGUGCGUGUGUCACUUGCUCUUUGAAGUUUGUCUUAUUGUUUUUAGUUGCGAGAGUCCGUAAUAACAUGGCGGCGUGAGAGGAGGGAGACUGAACUCUUUGACAACAUUUACAUUUAUUUAGGGAAAUGACAUACAUUUACACUAACACUGAUAGUAGUACAAAUCUAAGGGACGCCAAUAUUUUUAAAAGCUUAUCAAUGCCAAUAGUCUUACCUUAUCAAAUGGGGAAAGAAAAAAAAUGCAAUUUAUUCCCAACAGAAAAAGCAUAAAUGUACAACAAAGAGUAUACAUUUUUGUAUAAAUGUUUAAAGAUUACGCUCGCCCGUUAAAUCUAGCCAUACCUUAAAGAAGUAGGGGCUGAAAAUGAGUUUGCAAUAUCACUAGAAUUCAUAUAGUGGAAGGAUUUUACCGCAAAGCUCUGUAAUUUUGAAGGGAAUUGAGCUACUUAAUGUCGCCUCUAUUAAAUGCAGUGGAUUUUUAACUUUGGUGUCCUUUAUAUUUAUAUUGUUGUGGCUCUAAUGCGAGAGUAAACUGUGCUACCUACAGAAAAAAGGGUUAUGACAUUUGCAAUUUUUUUUUCGUUUUUCAGUCUCGUUUAGAGCAAGCAUUGGUAUAAAUAGUUUCGAGGCAUAUCUGCAAGGUAUCACAGAUGAGACACCAGACAUGACUAAUUUCAAGGCAAGGAGAUUAUUUUCCUCUGUCCUCUUGAGCUUUACGGGUAAGCUAGCCUCCGGACCAAAUACUUUCACGUGGACCCUUAAUAGCACCAGACUGGGACCAGUCAGCGCAGCAAAUGGUUCGUGGACGAUAAAUAAAGCAACGCUGGCUGACGAAGGAGAAUACCAAGUUUCUUUGUCAAACCGCGACUAUGGAACUCUGUUAAGCAGAAAAAUAAAGCUGAAAUUUUCAGGUUAGUGCACUUUAAUAUAUCGACUUAGCCAAAGCUAAAAGCGAAGCUCAGUCGUGGGAUCUUUAAAGAAAUAGAAAUGUCUAAAGUAUAUCAACUUUUGCCAUGUCGGCAAAAGACGAUAAAGUGGGCAACAAAAUUUGCUAGAAGCGCCAGUAUAAAAAAUGAAGGCUAAGUCUUAAGCCUAAGGUGUAAGAGAGAGCGGCGAGAGAGAAAGAUCGAAAUAGUUUCGCCAAAAAAUUAAAAAAAGCCUCAACCUCGGAGCCAAUGCAAGUAUGAAUUUUGAUCAGUAUUUCCGAACUGGCCUAUUGGAAUCAGCUCUUUGUCGACGAAGAAGAAGCCUGGCCAGCAGGUGUUUGAAAGGGAAGGGGAAGGGGAAUAAGGGCGCGAGAGCGGGAGGGAAAGGAACCCCUCCCUGCUUUCCUCUUGCGUGCGGUCUCGCGCUCAAAUUCCCUUCUCCUUCCCUUUCGAACGCCUGUCAUAAUGGCGUUAUCUAUACUCAAGGAAGUAGAAAAUUCUGCAUUAGUGAUAAGUGCAAAGUUAAAUUCAUCCCUUCAUACAGCUGUAUCUUAUCUUAUAUAAAAACAUCUUAGACGACUAAAACUUUUGUUUGCGAUUCUGCGUGGAUGAGAUAAGCGCAGCCCCCAAUACAAAUGGAACGCUUUUUUAUUUUGUUGUUUUUUUUUACUAACAAUUAUUUUGCAGAUAUGACUGAAGAGAAAAAAGACCGUAAUUUUUUUACUCUUAUUUCUUCGUUUUUAAAAUCGUCUUUGAAAACAAAAAAAAAAGAAAGAAAAGGAAAACCAUGUACCGUGUUAUUCCAGGCGCUGCACUGGGAAGUCAAAAUAUUUAAUCAGGGGCACCCAACGACUCUUCUCUGUAAAAUAACUGUUCCAAGGAGAAAAUAUUGCUUAGAAAUCAGUUAAGCUAGAGAAAGGCUUAAAAUUUCUGGUCAACCGUUACAUUCGUCAAAAAUACUCGGAUUUUUUCAACUACGCCGAUUUUCGGAGGUUGUGUUUUUCACUUUUUAUUGUGAUUAUAGGUAGUCAGCUCAUUCUCUUUUGAAUAUAGCUAAAAAAAACUCCUCUAAUUUCGGUGAUAAUGACAGAAUGUCCCCUAGAAUUUUCUAACGAAAGUACGGCUACUCCGUUUCUUCAAACUUUCGAUCAGAUCCAUCAUGGUGGCUAAAAGUUUCGUAUGAGACGAAAAAACCACCUAAAACUUUCUAGACGGCCAAACAACCCUAAGACAUCCGAACAGAUUAAUAGGUUUCAAUUAGGCAGCACCAAAUUAACCAAUCAGGCAUCUAAAGCAUAGACAAAAUCAUUUGAGACAACUCUGGAGUCACUGGAAAUAUUCGGUCGUUUGGCUGAUUUAACGAGUACCGCUUUAGUCUAUUCGAGUAAAUAAAGUAACUUCUUAAAUUAGGUUUUUUCCCCAUGUUUAUACCAAACAUCUACUGGAAUACAACAGAGGUUAGAUCAACAACUGUUGUUUUUUGGUCUCCUUGUAGUCGCGGGAGCAUUUCACCAACCUAACGAGCCCAUCAACAUCACUAUGGAGCAGAAUAAACCGUUUCUUCUUCGCUGCCCACCUCGUGCGUACAGCUACCGUGUGACUUACGACUGGGUCGCUCAGUCAUCACAGAUCUCAAUAGCCAAAGACCCGUUACUGGCUCCACGAAUCCUCAUGGAGCCAAGUGGUGAUCUACUUUUCUCGUUCGUUAACGGCAGCGAGUUGAGCCCAGUCCGAUGUAGGGUAAUAGACCUUUUUGGACGCAGCACUGUGGGCCCUCCGAUGUAUUUUACCGUAAUACCAGGUAUUAGUGGACCUUUUCUGUGUCUCGUUUUCGAUCGAUACGAUACUAUUCUUGACACCGUCAAUUGAAAGUUUAUUGAUGAUCAUGCUGUGUCCUCAUCACUUUAUUUCAGGAUAUAGUCGUUUCGUGUUUUCAGCCUAAAAACAAUGAAAUAAUUUCAAUGGGCAAACACCACGCUUAUUACACGUUUGUUUCAAAUGAAUCAACUUUAAAUUUGCCUUCUUUUAGCGUGCCUAGUUUUGUGACGAGCUUAGGAUAACCCAAAUUUUAUGAAAAAUGUUCGCGUAAAUGUUUUAAAAAGUAGUCAAUGAAAUCCAAUUUUUAGUAGCACUUUGAGGUGAUGUCGCUUGCCUUUAGAGGACACGUCAAACUUAGAAGAUAAAUGUUCAGUAAAACGUUUAUGUGAUUAAUGAAUUUAAAAGUAUCUUAGACGAGGGAAUCAGCAUUCCUUUAGUGCAUUUUAUGUUUGCUCUGUUUUAUCUAGUUACACAAAGCCCGAGUUUCUUGUCGUCGCUGACAUUUUACACGGUUCCAGAUGGCAAUUAUACCAUGCUUACUGGAGAUCAGUUCUACCUCAAUUGUACAGCAGGAGGAAGGUAUGAUAUAUAUGGGAGGAGGAGAAGGGGGCGGCAUUUACCUCCAGAUACGAAAAAAGUUUCGGGACAAUUUUUUUCCUGGCUUGAAACAUUUUCACUUUUAUUUCUCUGUAGUAGUUGAUUGUUUAGGGCUGAGUAAUCUUUUGCCUUUUAGUACGUCUCUCUAUUUCGAACACCUUUCGACAUUUUGUUCAGAAACUCCCUCGUUUUUCGGCUCGCUUUUACUUUUGAAAUAUUUUAUACAUAAUGGGAUUGAAGGCACUGCUAAUGUUUCGCCCUCUCACUCUUGUAGGCCGGUCCCUCGAAUACUGUGGUAUAAAGAUGGAUCAUUAAUAAAUGAUUCGGGAGACUUCUUUCAGCAUCAUCGUUUUAACAGAACCCUACGUCUUGGCUCACUAAGCUCGAUAAUACACGAUGGAAAAUAUAUGUGUAAAGCAGUCAGUCCGUCUGGAAAUUUGACAACCUCUUUCGAUGUCAAAGUCAUAGGUAUGAAACUAUCUGAGUUAGAUACAUAAAAUUAAAUCGAACCACUUAAAGGAACUGUUCACAGAAGGUCCGGAAACAUAUUUUUUUGGAAGAGAAUUUAUUGCAAGCUAAGAUAUAUGUUUAAUUUCCAUGUUAUCACUGAAAGAUCCUGUUUUACUCUAAAUAUCAUCGAGCGAACAUAGAGAUUUGACCAAGCACCAUGGUCUCUUUUGAUUACAAGAGGAUAAAAACAAAUUUCAUGCUAUAAUUACUUUUAAUUGAAAUGUAAUGUAUUUUUGUGUAUGUAUUUAACAAUUUUUGGAUUAGGGUUUUGCAACGAAGCCUUAAUAAUUAUCGCUAUCAUCACGAUAAAACCGAAUGCGACUGUUCUACCAGCCACAAAGAAGCACACAAGAAACACCUACUGAAAGACGUUUUCAGCGUGGAGCACCCGUCGUGGACUUAGUGACGGUUUGACCCUCCUUUUGACUUAGUCGACAAAGUGAUUGAGUACCGCUGAUAACUUGCUUUUUUUGUUUUGCUUUUUCCGUCACAGACAACGUCACAGCGAUUUACAACGAUCAAGGCUCGCAAUAUGACUUCAAAGCUGGAAAGCUGGGAGGAACAGUGAUAAUGUUUUGUAACACAACAGGAAACCCAAUAAUCAAUAGGACGUGGUUUUACAAGGGAGUUGAAAUUAAAAAAAGGUUGAAUUGCGUGAGCUAUAGGCCCAGUCACACCCAAAAAUAAGUUUAGUAAUUCAGAUUCAACAAAAUGAAAAAAAAAAAUAGUGACAGCAACUAAACUGAAAACUGUCUCCUUUAUAAUAUUUUAAGCUUGAACUUACAUCUGUGCUUCAUCUGUGCUUAUUAAAGGAGAAUUAAAUUUUUUGGGAAAAAUAUUGUUGGUACCACAUAUGUACACCACUCAUCGUCAACUUCACUCCCGUUAUAGACACCCGGUCUAAAAAGACACCCUGUUUAAGACACCAAAUAUUGAAAUUGUAUAGUCAGAAACCAUACCCUGGCCAUGGGUUCAGUCUGUUCAGCGGCACAUACUCGUUUACGCCAAGUAAGGGAGUGCAUCCCGGGCAAUGAAUGCACAACAGAAAAGAUGCAUGAUUGAAAGCUGUUGAAAAUUUCGGGUUGCUUCCCAAAAAUUACCUAAUUGAUGUUACUUUAUUUUAGUCUACAGCUUGCCAAUCGAUUUUCUAUCAAUCAUUCUAAUGGUAACCUGGAAAUCUGGAACCUUCAACUGAACGACUUUGGUUUUUACCAGUGCUUUGCCAAGAACAAAUUGAGUGAAGAUGACCGAAGAACGUUUUUAGUUGUGACUGGUAUGUGUGUUUGAAGAGUACAGUAGAACAUUUCCAAUCUCUUCCUUUUUGCAGACUAGCGAGCGAAAACAAGUGCUAAGCGAGAAAAAACAAAAAAAAAGAAGGACAAGGAAGAACAGUGGGGUCCAGGAUACCCACUGAUCAAGCGACGAUAAAAUGUAAAGUACCCUGCUUCCACAAUUUCCUCAUUAUAUAAUGAAGUAAGGAAGCGAGCACUUUCUACAAGCACUAUCCAAGACCAAAUACAGCCAGACAGUGUCUCAUACUCGUUCAGCCUGAAAACAACACGAACACAAAAGCAUGCCAGUUAAGAAAAUGAGUCUCUCCAGAGUACCCAUCUGAUAGUCAACGGCCGAUAACUAAAUUUGCUCCGGCAUAUGCCCACAUGGAGAAAGGGUAAUAAUUUCUUUGAGAUUCUGCCUUACGUCCUUCAUAAACAAACCCUCACUGAUUUUUGUUGAUUUUUGUUGUUCUUUUUUCAGGACCUCCUCUCCCUCCCAUCAAGGUAUCAAUAACCGACUGUGCCAACCACACCACUAAUGUUACCUGGGAUGUGAGGCUUACUCCAGAACUCGAUCCUCCAUCCGGGUACAUCAUUGAGUGGAGAAUCCGGGAUAGGAUAAAUCCCUUUUGGCGCGGGUUCUCUAGGCUUGCUGUUAUAGGUGGAACCCGUUUGUUUGUAUUGAAAAAUUUAAAGGCCUACAUUGAAAUACAAUUCCGCGUCCGCGCUCGAAAUAGACUUGGGAUUGGAUUUCCCGGAUAUAUGGCGCCGUGGCCUACUUGUGUUACCAACAGCAAAAGUAAGUAUCGCAGAAUAAUAUAACACAUCCUCAAUAGCCCAUGUUCAAUAUAUUAAAAUUCUAUCAUGACUCUGCGGCUUUAGGAUCAAAAUUGCAAAUGUUUCAAGACUCCAUUGCCUCACAAUUCCCAGAAGAGACUUGAGCACAAAGAAAACCAAACCAAAUAUAGAAAAUGACCAGAAAGCCUCGGAAUCAUGUUGGAAUUUGAAUAUAUCGAACGUAGGCUAUUUACAUGCAGCAUCUCACCGCUUCUCUUCGCAGCAAGUCCUCAGAAAAACUCACGAUUUAGUAUCUGGAAUUCUACUUACGUUGCUUUUUAUUACAAACAUGAGAUGACAUUAUGACGAAGUACCUUUCAAUAUUCGGCGUUAAUUAAUAAUCGCAUUUAUUUAUAUACGAUUAAAAGGUACAGCAGAGCUGAUGUUUUCGUGUUAAAACUAAAAAUAUUAUCAAAAUCGUUAAAGCAAUCAGUAACGCGUACUAUUUACAAUAAAAUUCAAAGCCUAAAAAUAUUCACUUAAAAAAAGCUUACUUUUCAGUAUCAAAAUCAUUGAAACAGUCAGAAAAAAAAACUGUUUACGAUAAAAUUCAAAGCUCGAAACUAUUUACUUAGAAAGCCAACUUUUCAAUGUCCUUUUAAAAGAGUCAAAACUUUAUACUUCCCGGCCUUGUGUGACUCUCCAGAGAGUGCCAGAAUGUUAGUGCUUUGUAGAAGCUGGACGUGCAAAGUAGCUCUGUCUUGGGAAAAGCUAUAUAUCUUAAACGUAAGCUUUCGUCGUAAAUUAUAACUGCAGUCGUACUGUUUAAAAAAAUUUGUGGAUAGUUUCGGGGAACAGGGGUCUUUUUUGCGUGAGCAUGCGCACUAAGACUUGAUAAAGAGCACGCGACCAGUGACAGCGACCGUGGUGCAUAAUCAUAGGAACCAAAUUCUUCACCUUGAAAGCUUGCUUGAGAUUCAAAUGGUAGCAGAAACUUAGGAAAGACCUUCGUUGUACAAAAUAAGUAAAGAUCUCAGUGGUGAUUUAAAGUGGAGACUGAUGCGCUGAACGAGGUGAAAGAGCAAGUUUGUCAAGGAUGUCUGACACGAACAUGGCUGUUUGUUGUUGCUUGAGGCUCGACUCGUGUCUUGAUUUAUCUUCAAGAACCGCAAAGUUUGGCAUAGAACGCAUUGCUGAUGGGUAGAUAUUGAGCAAAAUGUUCUUUAUUUAGUGUUUGUCUGCAAAAUUAAUCCCUUAAGUAUUUUAGCGAUACAAAGUUUGUUUAUCCGAAAAUUGUAGAAGUUCUUGUUUUUGCGUGGACUAACAUUGUAAAACAUCUUUUUGCUUUUACCCAGAACUUAAUGAGUGCUCUAACAAUUUUUAACUUUUAGUCUGCAUCACAUGUUUACUGUACUUUUGGGAAACCUAACCGUUUGUUUCAUCAAAAUCGGUCACAAGAUUCGACUUUAAUUUCGGUCGUAUUGAAUGCAGUUUUGACUGUGCGUCUUUGAUAUUCAUUUUUUUUUAUUUUUCGAGACAUCUCACGAGGGCCGAGUUGUUCAAAGCUGGGUUAAGAUAACCCAGAGUUAGUGCAAGAUUUGAAUUCAGAUUUGAAAGCUUAAAAAUCAUUUCAGUUUUAAUUCUUUUUUUCUACAAGUUGAUGAUUGGAAGCUCUAAAAAUAACAGAGAAAAUUAUCCGAGAAAAUGCUUUUGAACAAAAGAAAAAGAAACCUCGGUUAAAUGUAACCCUGGGUUAAGCGCUAAUCGGCUUUCGAACAACUGGGCCCAGGUGACUAAUCUACGUCUCGUGUGCUCUUAAUUUUAUAGCUAAAAAGUGCUGGGAAAAUUGUAGAACAUUAUGUUAAUUCACUGCUGAACUGAACACCGGCUUUUGCGCACUUCGAACCCACUCGCUGAAAUUUGCAAUGAUAUUUUUUUAACAUGUGUGUUCCUUUUCCAUUUCAAAACAAAGAAAGCUGAAAGUGUUUACUUUGUUCAUAGUUUGAUGAGGUCAGCGCAAUCCUACAACCACUACAUAUACGCGCGCUGUUGUCCAGAUCAAGUGGGAAGAUGAAAUUUGAUCGUAGCUCGUGGUAUGUUUAGGCCGGUCUACUUCGCUUUUGUGGAGACCAUGUUAGCGUUUUUUGUGCAAACUACACAUUUUGUACCUUGACACCAGAGGUCCGUUCUCAAAAUACUUAAGAUGAAAUAAACCGUGCUUACGGUUGAUAUUAAAAGCUCUUUCUCCUCGGCACUUCGCGCCUCGUUGACGCGGCUUGGCCGCGAACCAUCAGUAUCGAUAAGAAAAAAAUAUAUCUGAAACCCAGGGUACACAUCUUGUUAAAUCACGAGCACAUUCGCCAAGACCAACGAGCAAAAUAAUCUCGAUGAUAGCUUUGAGACGUGCCAUUUUGAUGAAGGCAGACCCUGUGGUGAGCCUGUAGGCAAAUCGCUUGUUCAGCGGUCGCGCAUGCUCAUGCAAGAAAGACCCCUGUUGUUUCGUACUUUAGAUCAUAUAGAUUAUUUAAUGAAAACCAGUUGGCAUGAUCUAGCAUCUUGUCGCUCGAUGUGUAUCAGUCUAAACCAAAAAUAAUUUUAGCAGCCGGAACACGGAUUUUUUCUAGCUCCAGGAAAAUUAAUAAAUUAAUUAAUUAAUUGCCAUUUAUUGAUUAAUUGGAAUUAAUCAAUUAAUUAAUUGCUAUUGAUUUUCUAAAUUAUUGGAAUAAUCGUUUUCAUGUCAUUGACUCCUGCGAUUUAAGCUAUGUUCACACUAUACAGGAUAGGCUUCCCUGUCAACUGAAAAGCUAUCCAAUAUAGUAUGAACAGCAACGGCAGAGAACCGGAACAAGUCGUUCUCACGCAUCGAACAUCGUGCUGGAGCGGUUGGCCGAGAGGGUGUGGUUCUCUAAGCCCCAAUUCUCACUCCUAAAUAUUUACUUCCCUCUCAGUCCUACUUCUUCACUUCCGCUACUGUCCUAAUACCUGUUCACACUUCUCCAAAGUGUGGCACAAAACCUAUCCGGUAUGUGACCUUCCACUUUCGAGAUCGGCGCGGUGCAGCUUCGCUCCGUUACAGAAAUAAUCGCGCCGAAAUCACCGUUCUUAUAUGUGAACAAAAGCCCUAUCUGGUGUGGUUUUCUUGCCGACACAAGAGCUAUCCGUUAGCCGUGAACACUAGGCUUUGAAAGGAGCCUAGUGCUAGUAUAAUCUUUGGCAUAAUUCGUCAUUACGAUCCAUUACGAGCAUAAUUUUUAUGUAUUGUCUAAUUUCAUACCGCGCGGGAGCCUGGCACUACCGCAUUUUCCCGGACUUUUUAAAAAGUCCAGUUUCAAAAUGGCGGAUGGUCGGAGUAAAAACUCGAAUGAAAGCAUUCUUUUUCGAAGAAAUAUAGAUCAAUAUUCCCUCGGAGAAUCUGUCUAAACUUAGGAAGGAAAGGAUGCAGUAUUUCUGCCAUGUCCUGAAGCUAAACUUAAGGAGCCGACACUCAGCAAGUGCAAGCAAUUGUUCGAUGAACAGGCCCGGGUGAACAGGUCGCUCGAACCAAACAUGGUUAUAAAUUUUCUACAGCAAAGGAUCGUCUGUUUAAUUCUACCCGCAUAUGAAAAGUAGAGGAUCAUUGCAGGAAGGAACACAGAUGUGAUUGUGCACGUACCGAUCGUAGCCUAAGUAUGCUGGAGCAAAAUUUAAAAGGGCAGUACAGAAGGGCUUGCCUGGAUUAUUCCCGUCGCGGAAAAGAGUUAUGUCCGUGAAAGGUACUGAGUGUAGUGAACUUUGUGCCGUUAUGUAUGUUAAACCUAGUGUUGUUCACAUAAAGGGAGAUAAGGGACUAGUCUAUACUUGAGAUAUGAGUCACGUACGAUCGGUUUUCCAUCUACAUGCACUGUAAGAACUAACACUAAUGUUCGACUAACGGGUUUAAUGUCCUUGACGUCACAAUGGCCUGCUCUUUACGGAGAGUUCAUUCUGACUUGCAUGUUUGCUUUUAUCCAUGUUCAGUGAGAAUUGUUUCCGGUCUGAUCUUUAGGAUUUCUACUGAGACCGUACGCCGCGACGGGGAAAAAAUCUAAUGUAAGCCUUGCCGACCUAAUAUACAAUAUUGCCCUUUCGCUCAGGGUCACUCUGGCGUGUUUCGCUUUUUGGUAGUUUUUAAACCCUAACCCCAAUAUUCGGUCAGAUCCAGCGCCGUAAAAACAGCUAGACUCGACGGUUGUUUGUUCAAAAUUUUUGUCGAACAAUUCGGGAAUCGUUCCUAUACUUCCAAGUAGCGAAAGUCUCCGAUUAGAUCUUUCUUUUCUCGAAAUUUUUAAUCGAGGUUCGUUAUAGCAGUAAAACAACUGUUCUUAGCUUUAGAAUAGCAACUUUCUGGAGUAAUCUGGACCUUAAUAUCGUUUCAACUGCACGCAAUGACCUUUGCUUUACGUUCUAUUUUGGAAGCCAUUUUCAAUCCCGGAAUUUAAAAAGUCCGGGAAAAUCCGGUAGUGCCAGGCUCCCGCGCGGCAUGAAAUUAGGCAAUUGUCUGAUAAAAGCACUGCUAGCAUAAUUUGCACUUUUGGCUAGUUUUGCAUCACAAAAUUGUCAUUUAUUGAUCAUGCAGCCAAUUAUUUUUUUCCCAGGAUAAGUGUUACGGGGAAAUUCAAGUAACAAAAGCAAUAAUAAUUUUUUUUUGCCUGCUUAUUGUCACAUUCAUGGGACCUGGAUCCCACAGGACAUUUUCCACAGGACUCAACGCAUGCGCAUAUAAUUCACUAGCUCGGCUGCCCAAGAUAUGGCGUAGUUGUGCUGCUUUUUGUUUGAAUUUUCAGAGCUUUUAGAGAACGAUUAUGACUCUUCAAAGUUUCUAGAUAAAUAGAGAAAAUAUGUUUGCCAUUUGAUUGUAUGUGGCAUAGUUAUUAAGGUGUUUUUACCAAAUUUAAAGUAAAAAGGGGAACCGUGCAUAAUUUCUGCAUAUUUUGCUAAAAUGAGCAUACGUUACAAGACUAGCAUAAUUAUUGGUAUAAUUUUAGAAAUAUACAAGCACUACUAGUAGCAUAUUAUGUUACUUUUGCACAAUCUAUAAGAGCCUGAUGACGUUACAAAUCAUGACCGUUUCGUUUUAGAGCCUUCACGUUAUCCAACGAGUCUUAGAGGUUCACCCGGGACUUUUGAUGGAGCGCUUGAUUUAACUUGGAGGGUGAGUAUAUAUUAAAUAGAUCGUGUUUACAAAAACGUUUUUCAAGUGGUGUAUUUAGAACGUUUAUUUAGAAAAUGAAGUAUUUUCUGCUGCAGGCUCUUAACCGACUAGACUGGAGCGGACCAUCCUGUUUCUACAGAAUUCUUUAUCGUCUGAAUGUUCCGAGCGCAACCUGGAACAACAACACUAGAGUUUUCGGCGACUGUUCAAAAAGGCAACAUAAUCAUUUUCAGCUGCAACCUAACAGUGAGUACGAAAUCGCAAUCCGAGCCGAGAACUCUAAAGGCAUUGGGCCAUCUAGUCCUAUCGUGAAAGUUCUGUCUGGACAAAGCCGACCAGUAGCCCCCACGAACGUAACUGUUGUCCUUCUGAAUGCGAGUAAUGUGGAGGUGCUGUGGAGCGCAAUACAGGUUGUCCCACCCAAGACAGUUGACGGCUACUGGGUAUGUAAUCUUCAUGGUACUUGCUUGCAGGCUCUUUACCUGUAUUGUUUUUGCUCGAAUUAAAGCAAAAACUGAACAACAACGGCGACGACGGCGAUAAUAAUAAUAAUAAUAAUAAUAAUAAUAAUAAUAAUAAUAAUAAUAAUAAUAAUAAUAACAAUAAUAAUAACAAUAAUAAUAAUAAUCCCUGGCAACAUCAACAUACAUGAACUCCAGAAAAUAACUCUUCUUUCUACAGCCCACCUUCUCAGGCGGGUCCUCUCCAUCAAGUAGAAACCCUCUUUGCCUCCCAAAGUCCAUGGAAACUCACUCGCAAUUACACUAGUAUAUGAUCGUACGGGUGAACGCAGUCCUGAAUAAAACUGUUGUUGUUGACAGUGACUGACGUUUCGACAAUCUGUGCCGUAGUCAGCUUCAGAGUCAAAGUGAGUUGUAUCAUGUCAGUUGAUGGUAUGAUAAUAAUAAUGAUAAUAAUAAUAAUAAUAAUAUCGAAGAAAAUAUUAUCAAUUUCUAACACUGUUUCAAAAAUAUAAUCUCUAUAAACUAAAUAACUUUAAAAAAAGUAACGUUCAUCAUAAAUAUCGUAGUUAAGUGUUUUCUUCUAAAAGAUAAAGCAAAAAGCGAUUCUAUUAUCAGUGUUAUUGAAAUUUGACAUCCCUAAUUGAAAAUCAGUUUUCACUAACUAGAUAAUCUUAUACUUCUAUUUAAAAAUCUUUACUUUGCCAGCCAGACCAAUACUCAGGGUCUUAAAAUAAUUGAGGAGAAAGUGCUGCCUUUGUAAUAACAUCUGCAAACGGUUAGACUUUCUAGUCUUCUCGGAUAAGGACGAUAAACCGUAGGCCCCGUCUCACAAGCCCUUGCACAUGUAAUAAUAAAUCCGUGGGACGUUAAAGAACCCACACACUCUUCGUAAAAAGUAGGGCACGUAGGGCCCGGUGCAUGUGGUGGUCUAUCUCACUUUCACACUCAUGUAUGGGGGCAUUACUACUCAUUCCUUCAUUACUUGUAAACUGCACCUUAAGCAGUCUGGCAAAGUCCCCCAACCAGUGUUGUAAAUUAUCCCUGAAAAGCCCUGAGGGGAGUGGAUAAUAAGAUAUUUACAAUUUACAAUUACAAUUUACAAUUUACUUUAAGUGGAUGGGAGAUAUUCUAAAUAUUCAAGCAGUCACAUUCUCCACAGUUGUGUCCGAGCGUGUUCACUUCGGUGAAAGUCUAUGAGAACUAUCUAAAUACGGGGAUUUAUGGACAUUUAAAUCAGUGGGAUAUGAGGUACGAACGCUAAGAUAACACCGGCCCGCGUUGUAGUUCCACUACUUAGAAGAUACUGAUUGGAGGUCGAGGAAGUGCUUGUGGAUGUAGGGUCCAUGUAGGGUCGAUAUGAGGUCGAUGUAGGGUCGAUAUGGGGUCAAUAUGGGGUCGAUGUGGUAGAGGGAAAAAUAAGCUAGUUUGCCUUCGCCCUCAUUAAUAUGCUCGAUUUGCGCGCCAAGAAUCAUUGAACAGGAACUAGGACAAUGACAGCAGCAGAAAACAGAAUGUGCAUAAUUGCGUUACGGCCUUUGUCAGUGAUUUCAAUUCACAGGCGAGUUAGCGCUUAUUUCUUCCAUAAAAAAUUCCUACUCUUACUUCCGGUUUUGGCAAGCCCAGGCAGAUACUUUCUUUCUAUUGUACAGUCGAACCUCUCCUUAUGGACACCUCUCUAAUAUGGACACCUCUCUAAUACGGACAGUUCACUUGGUCCCGGGAAGAUGCCCAUACAUUCUUUGUAAAAAUAACCUCUAUAAUACGGACAACGGACACGAAAUCUCGGCCCCAGAGAGAAAAUUCAUACAAACUGAACCUCUUUAUUACGGACACUCCAAUGAUGACAGUUCUUAUUCAACACGAUUUCCUGUUUGUCGUUACAUAUCAGAGUGUAAUCAAUUGUCUCAUUGUUCAUACGAUAACAGUAUCAUGUUAAUCGGUAAAAAUUAUACUAUCGACAUGUUGAUUGCCAUUUAUCAUUUCUUAUUCUUUGAAGACUCUCCAGUUGUUGCUUUCCUUUUUCUACCCCUUUUCUUUUCGACAUUUUCACUUGAAAGACUAUCUUUACGGACAGCUGGGUUUUCUGUAAGAUCCAAGCACUUCUCCAAACGCUCAAUGAGUUUGUGCGGUCCAGUGAAAAUAUAUUCACAUGGGAUCUCCAUGCCUAAUCCUCAGAACUUAACCAUGUUUCUGAUUUUUUUACUGCACAAGGUGAAUCAAAUUUGGCUGAUGAGUUGUGCAAGAUUAUUUCAAAAGCUCAGUCGUUGUAUGUCAAAAAACGACUAGCGAAUGCUGUUCAGAAGAACAUUACAGACUUCUUUAACGCAAAAUGAAUCAAUAACAAAGAACUUUCAUUAAAUACUCUACUGUAUGUUAGUGUUCGCUACACUUGUUACUGUUCUAUUAUGUUACUGUUCGGAAACUGUAUUAUAGUUUGCCAUAUGUUUUUGGAAUUGUACAGCUUGUAUUGUAAUGAUUUGCACUGUCCAUUAAACAAUUCAAAUGCACCUCAAAGCCUUUUUUGGGCCAAUUUUGACUUAAAGAACACUUAAUACCUUCAAUGGAGCCUUUAAAGUGACGUAAUAUUCAUGACCUCUAUACAACGGACACCUCUCUAAUACGGACACUUUGCUCUGUCCCUUCGGUGUCCGUAUUAGAGAGGUUCGACUGUACUGUCAUUGUUUUUUAAUCUGGAAAAAAAAAUAUGUUAGUUACGAUUACGUUGUUCAUUUUCAGAUAGUGAUGUGGCCAGGUGUUUAUAGGCUAGGACGACGCAAAAGAGCAUCCGGAGAGUUACCAGUGGCAGAGACACCUUUCAGAGAUGGCACCAUUGGCGUGCAUGUGAACAACAGCCUUAGCGGGGUGGUGACGGGAUUAACACCCUGGACGGUGUACACUGUGGCUGUAGCGGGCUAUAACAAUGCUGGAUUGGGUGAAUUGUACAGAGACGUUAUUACCACCGUAGAUUCAAGUAAG